AUGAAUGGGAACAGUACUUCUCCCGUGAUGUCAAAAGUCCAAAUUCAACUGGAUUCGGGCCAAAUGUGGUUGAAUCGGUUCACAUUCGCCCCAAUCUCCGGCCUCGCCGUCCCCCUCAACACCCCACACCCCGCCGUCUGCGGGCAGUUCCCUAUCUCACACAACCCCACCACCGGCAGCACCGCCGACGUCACCGCAACUAUCUCCCCAUCCGCCGUAAAAACCCUGGCCCACACAUUCCUCACCCCAAACGCAAAAACUAGCGCCAAAAACCCUAACAAAAACCCCGCCACCAAACCCACCACCGCCGCCUUCCGCGCCCUCCCGGGCCUCCCCGCGCCCAACUCAUUCCCAACCCUAGUCGACACCCCGAAACUCAACGACGAAGGGAAAACGUACACAAACGACGUCGUCUGUAUAAGUAUCCCCAUCGACCCCACUUUCGAACUCGGGUCCGGCAAAAGCCCGCAUAGCAAAAUCAUGAUCUCAUACCACCACCACUCGAGGCACACGCUAACGCAGCUCGGCACCGCGAGCCUCACGAGCGGCUUCCAAUUCUCGAAACACUCCUCCGCCGAAAUUACCCCUCCCCACGUCUUCACGUACAUUUUCGACACCAACACGUACAUAACCAACGACGCGAGUAAAUUCGCGUUCGUCCACACGCCGGCCAACGCCACGCCUUUGAUCCCGAGAUUGAGAGACGUGACGAGGAAAUAA